CAGCCAUCGGCUCAAGCAGGGUAGUCUUUAGCUCCGUAAAAAAAAAAAAAUUCCAAGUUAUCAACAAUAAAAGGUAGUCAAAAUAUAAUAAUCUCAGCAGCUGUUUGGCUAUCUCCAUGGUAAAUGAAACAGCGUUUGUUUGAGCUGCCUUGGCUGCGCUGAACCUCUCUUGAUCCAAGGUUCUUUAGCUAUAUAUGCUCUCUGUUCUGACAGAAGCUUUCAUUUUCAUUUCAGACAAAACAGCCCAUCGUUUUUAUCUGGCCUUUUCACUCGUUUCUCCGCUCUAUUUACGUCUCUUUCCACUGUUUUGGUCUUAAAAUGAAAGUGUUGUUAGGCCUGUCCUUAUGGACUGUUUAUGGAGGCGUUGUAGUGGUUGGGGCAGCAAGUGAGAGUAGUGAUACAACGAGGAAGCUUGAUCAAACACCAACGUGGGCUGUUGCUGGUGUUUGUGCUGUUAUCAUCAUCAUUUCUAUUCUCUUGGAAAAAAUUCUUCACAAAGUUGGAUCAUGGUUUACAGAAAAGCAUAAGAAAGCUUUGUUUGAAGCCUUGGAGAAGGUUAAAGCUGAGCUGAUGAUUCUAGGGUUCAUAUCACUGCUCCUGACUUUUGGGCAGAGUUAUAUUGCAAAAAUCUGUGUUCCCCAAGAUGUUGCAGGCACCAUGUUGCCUUGUAAGAAAGAAGGCAGUGAAAAAAGUAGCAGCACCGAAGGGGAACGUCGUAGGGCACUUUUGUGGUUUGAUCGUAGAUUUCUAGCUGGUGCUGAGAGUGCAGUGAAAUGCAAAGAUGGGUAUGAACAGCUCAUAUCUGUUGAAGGAUUACAUCAAUUACACAUCCUCAUAUUCUUUCUAGCAAUUUUUCAUGUGUUAUUUAGUGUUAUUACCAUGACACUUGGGAGACUGAAGAGUCGUGCCUGGAAGCGGUGGGAGCUGGAGACUUUGUCCCAUGAUUAUGAGUUCUCAAAUGAUCCUUCAAGAUUCAGGCUUGCUCAUGAGACAUCUUUUGUGAGAGCACACACCAGUUUCUGGAGCAGAAUUCCGUUCUUCUUUUACAUCGGAUGCUUCUUUCAACAAUUUUUUAGGUCUGUUAGCAGGUCUGACUACUUGACAUUGCGCAAUGGAUUUAUCACAGUCCAUUUAGCUCCUGGAAGUAAGUUUAACUUCCGUAAGUACCUCAAACGGUCAUUGGAAGAUGACUUCAAGUUAGUUGUGGGAGUAAGUCCUGUUCUGUGGGCAUCCUUUGUUAUUUUCUUGCUCCUGAAUGUUAAUGGUUGGCAAUCUUUGUUCUGGGCUUCAAUGAUACCCGUGAUUAUUAUCCUAGCAGUUGGGACAAAACUUCAGGCCAUUAUGAUGAAGAUGGCUCUUGAAAUCAAGGACAGACAUGCAGUAGUCCAAGGGAUGCCACUUGUACAAGGCUCAGACAAAUAUUUUUGGUUUGGUCGACCUCAGUUACUUCUUCAUCUUAUCCAUUUUGCUUUAUUUCAGAAUGCAUUCCAGAUAACAUAUUUCCUGUGGAUAUGGUAUUCAUUCGGGUUGAAAUCUUGCUUCCAUGACAAUUUCGAUAUUGUUAUAGCCAAAGUUGCUUUGGGGGUUGGAGCUCUAAUUCUGUGCAGCUACAUCACACUUCCUCUGUAUGCUCUCGUAACUCAGAUGGGUUCGCGGAUGAAGAAAUCAGUCUUCGACGAACAAACAUCCAAGGCGCUUAAGAAGUGGCACAUGGCUGUGAAGAAGAGGCAUGGGAAAGGAGGAAAGACUCCUCCUCGGACGUUGGGAAAUGUGAGCCCGAGUGUUUCUACCGUCUCUUCCUCACACACAUUGCAACGUUUCAAAACAACCGGGCACUCAACCCGGUCAUCAUACUCUUAUGAUGAUCAAGACGUGUCCGAUUUAGAAGCUGAGGCAUUGUCACCAACAGCAACUACCAGCUUUAUCGUAAGAGUGGAUGAUGAUCAUGAUGAUGUUCGCCCAACUGAAGUUAACGUACCACAAUGCGAGGAGGAAGAAACAAGAAAUGAAGACGAUUUCUCUUUUGUCAAGCCUGCCCCUCCAAAAGAACCGUAGUUUGCAUAAACUGAUGAAUCAUCCUCUCGUGUAUCAAUUUCUGAGGGAAAAUUGUAGAAUCGGAUGGUGAAGUACGGGAUC